AUGUCCGCUGAAUGUCCCAUGCGCAACAUACCAUCAACUACAGACAUCUAUCACCGACAGUCCCUCUUGUCUUCUUCCAAUAGCAAGGCAACCCACAUACGCAACAAGGACGGUACAGAACUGAUUACCGUGCCUUCUAGGAAGGUGUCGAAUCCCGAUCCCAGAUCACUCAGCAAUAUUAGCAACAGCAGCAGCAGCACUAGCACUAGCAGCGUUAUACCCACAUCAACUGCUGCUACUGCUACGACCAACGACCACCCCGCCCAAAUAACCAAUCAGCUGUCACCCACAGUGCCCUCCGCAUCUAUGGAUUUCCCCCACAACACUGGCUCAAACAAUAUCGGCGGCAAGAAGAAAAAGAAGAAGAAGGGAAAGCAGCAGCAACAGCAGCAGCAGCAGCAGGAGCGGCAACAGGAACUAGAUACACUAUCUAAUAACCACAGUCAUACUCACUCCCACGAUAGUAACAAUCACAAGGACCAUUUACAUGAUGGCUAUUACAACGAUGCCCUCUAUAACCAUGUUAAUGAAAGAGUUGACCAGUAUCAAAAGGAUAUUAAAACUAAUAGAUCCGAUUAUGACGACCAUCCCUCGGAAACUAUCCCGGAACUUGUUGAUCCAGAGGAAGAGGGGGGGUACUACAGUCAAGGAUAUGACGAUGAGGAUGAUGACUCUUAUACCCCACCAAUUCAAGCUCCUGCGCCCCUGACUGGCAAAAAAAAGAACAAAAAGAAGAAAAAGAAGGGGGUAAAUACUACUCAGGAAUUUUACCAGAGCUCUGAAGUAUCGCCUGUGAGACAGCUUGGUGGGCCCUCAAAAAAAAAAGACCGGAUCUGGAAUACAUCGACAAAUGAGGAACUUGAAAGGAUCAAGGAUUUUUGGCUUUCUUUGGGUGAAGAGGAACGCCGGUCUUUAGUAAAAGUAGAGAAGGAAGCGGUCUUACGGAAAAUAAAAGAACAACAGAAGCACUCCUGCUCAUGUAAUGUUUGUGGAAGAAAAAGGACAGCCAUUGAAGAAGAACUGGAGGUUCUUUACGAUGCAUACUACGAGGAAUUGGAACAUCACCCCCCCGGAUCGUAUUCUACCACUAGAAUAACCCCCCCUCCACCUCCGCCAGGUCCUCCUCCGGGUAAUCAUCUUAUACAUCUUGGGCAUCAUCAUCACAAACAUCAAGGACAUCGCGUUGAGGAGAUUGACGAUGAUGAGUUUGAGGAUGAUGAGGACGAAGAUGAAGAAUAUGAUGAGGACGAUGAUGUUCUGGAUGAGCCUUUACCGGAGAACGAUCCUCAGCCUAGCUUCUCCAACUUUGGGAACAGUCUCAUUGUUCAAGGUGGCACUUUAACUGUAGCUGACGAUUUGCUCAAAAACGAUGGUAAAAAGUUUAUUGAAGUGAUGGAACAACUCGCCGAGCGCCGAAUGCAACGGGAAGAAGCAAGUGCUGCUUCCAGUGGUCACACAUCCCAGAGUAUGUCGGUAGGGCAAACUCAUAUAAGUCAUACCCAUUCGCAAACAGAUUAUGAUGAUGAGGAUUAUGACGAUGAAGAUGACGAGGAUGAUGAUGGAGACUAUGAAGAGGGGGAGGAUGAGCCCGAUACCAUGACUGAAGAACAGCGCAUGGAAGAAGGCCGUAAGAUGUUCCAAAUAUUUGCUGCCAGAAUGUUUGAACAACGUGUCCUUACCGCCUAUCGAGAAAAGGUUGCUCGGGAACGACAGGAUAAGCUUCUUGAGGAAUUAGAUGAAGAGGACCAGCUCCGAGCGGCACGUGAGGAGAAGAAGGCCAAAGAGAAAGAGAAGAGGAGGGAAAAGAAGAGACUGCAAAAACUUGCCAAGGAAGAUGAAAGAAAGAAGCGGGAAGCCGAAAAGGCGGAGGAGGAGGCUAAACAACGGGCGAUCGAGGAGAAGAAAGCCGAAGAAGUAAGGAGACGAAAGGAGGAGCAGCGGAUGAAGCGGGAGGCCGAAAAAAGGGCUCAAGAAGAAGAAAGACGCCGUAAGGAGGAGGAGAGAAAGAAGAGACUCGAAGAAGAACGAGAGAGGGAUGCUGAGCGAGAAAGAAAAAGGAAGGAGAACUUAGAGAGGGAGCGAAAGAAAAAGGAAGAGCUUGCAAAAAAAGCUAAGGAGGAGAAAGAGGCUAGGGAGAAAGAGGCUAGGGAGAAAAGAGAGCGCGAGGAUCGUGAGCGAAAAGAAAAGGAAGCGAAAGCCAAAAAAGAGGCACUGGAACGGGAGCGUAUAAAGAAGGAGGAAGAAGCAAAAACCAAGGCCGAGAAUGCGGCGGCGGCGGCGAUGGCAGCUGCUGCUGCAAAAAGACCCCCUGUCUCAAUACAGACGUCCAUAUCCGUACCACAACAUCCCCAUGGAGUUUAUAGCUCGCCCCAUCUCUCUGUUGCAACACCUGCAAUGCCUAAACAGUCGGUGGGAAACUCACCUGCUCGCACUCGGAAUGCCUCUCAGCAAGGGUCAAUACAAGGAUCUGUAGCUUCUUCCCCAAAGACCCCUCAAGCUGCCCCUAGAAUAGGGUCUUCAGUAUCCCCAAACACACCCAUUCUGCAACAAAACAUUCCUGGUCCAAUAAUCCCCCGAAUAAAAUAUUUCAGUGUACCACCGCCAGAGAAUGCUUUCCAUAUAAUGAACCAAAUGGGAAUGGGUGGCCCAAGUUCAAUUCAACCGUUUCUUACCGGAAUGCCUCAAAGACAGCCUUUCGGAAACGGGAUGCCGAUGUAUGCACCAACACAGAUGCCUCUAGGUUCCAGCCCGCAAUAUCGGGGGUUUGCAGCUCCAAACGGUAUGUCAAUGCAGGGUCCCGCUCCUCUAGGAAUGCGUCCAAUGCAGCCACAAGGUCGUGGGAUCUUUAUGGGCGAGCUUGCGCCCGUCAUGCAGCAUCAACUCCCUCCGGGUAUGCCUCUCGGCAUGCCGCCGGGUAUGCCGCCAGGUAUGCCACCAGGCAUGGCACCGGGAUCACCAUUCAUAGGGAAUCGAGUGGAGCCGGUACCUAUACCCGGUGUACAUUCCCAUACACGGGCAUUAUCAGGCUCGUUUGAACCUAUUCAGCGGCCCACGCCAAUUCAGCGCCCCUCGAGUGUAGCUCCACCUAGAAAUCCAGAGGAUGGGACAAAUAGUAUUGAUGAGCUUUCUAAAGUCAUGGGCAGCCGUGCACUGCUGGAGGACGACGAAGACGACUCAAUACUGGAAGCACAAUCGCCGAAUCGAAGAGGGAGUAGUGUUAUGGGAUUUUCACCAAGACCAACUAGGGGAUUACCGGCUGGAUCCCCCUUAUUUAUGGAUCCUACUAUGUCUCACAUGGGAUUUCCCCAGCCUUCAUGGUCCAAUCCUGCGCCAUUGGGAACUCCAUUGGGAAACAUCUCAAACUCUCUCCCAACCUCCACUUGGUCAGGAGCAGGCUGGUCUGAAACUGAUGCUGCUCGAAGUACAUUUAACCGCCGGCGGCCAAACAGGCAUGAACAGAUUCGCAGCCUCGCCACGGUCAAGUGCCGCGAGCUUGGAGGAGAGAACAGUAAUUUUGUCGAAAUAUCAACUCUGCAUCGGCUUAUUGAGCAGACUGUGCCCGAGAUGGUAGUCACCAUUAAAGAGGUAAUGGAUGUACUUGAGGUCGAAGGAGAGGCUCUGAAUGGAGGUGGAAAUUUUAUUACCACGCACGAUACCAACGGAAGGACAUUGGUCAAGUUCCAGGAUGAUGAGGAAAAGAGUGCGGAUGGGAAUUGUAUAUAUCAAAACCCUGUGGCACCCAUCGGACAUCAUAACCACCACCUUCAUCCAGGGGAAAUUGGGUCACCGACAGGCGGUGGCUUUAUACAUCCGUUUAAAACGGCUGUGGGACCUCCGCCUGGGAUAGCCACUAACGGGUUUCCUUCUUUUUAA